CAAAGCUAUGCAACAAAAUCUGCCGGAUCUUCAAAAUGGCGACUUCCAUGGGAACUGGAAUUCUGAGGAGAAUUGCAUUCUUUUCGGUCAAAAAUGGAAAAGGGAGUCUGUACAGGGUUUCUGCACCCUCUCUGUAUGAAGGAAGAAAAUGCAUGAGCACAGGGAGGUUAUCCGGUUUUAAAGGACAAGACCUUGUUCAACACAUGCCUCCACCAGCAUGUUAUGGAGGGAGACAUACUGUAACUCUUAUCCCAGGAGAUGGUAUUGGUCCAGAACUUAUGCUACAUCUCAAAGAAGUCUUCAGACAUGCCCAUGUACCUGUUGAUUUUGAAGAGCACAGUUUAUGUGGGGAGACCAACAAAGACAGCGAAGAGGUUGAAGCUGCCAUCAUGGCCGUCAAGAGGAAUGGAGUUGCCCUCAAAGGCAACAUCCACACUGACCUUGAGAACCUGAAGCAUGUUGCUGAAAAGUCUAUGAAUGUCCAACUCAGAGUUGGUCUUGAUGUAUUUGCCAAUGUAAUACGGUGUAAGUCCAUCCCUGGAGUAAAGACGAGACAUGAGGGCAUCGACAUAGCUAUCAUCAGGGAGAACACAGAGGGAGAGUACUCAAGCUUAGAACAUGAAAAUGUUAAUGGAGUAGUGGAAAGCCUUAAGAUUAUUACAGAAGAAAGAUCAAGAAGAAUUGCUGAAUAUGCCUUUAAUUAUGCACUGAAACAUGGGCGUAAGAAGGUUACUGCAAUCCACAAGGCCAACAUCAUGAAACUUGGAGAUGGUCUCUUCCUCAACUCAUGUAGAGCAGUUGCAGCAAGAUAUCCUGAAAUUGAGUUUAAUGACCUUAUUGUUGAUAAUUGCUGUAUGCAGCUGGUAUCAAGACCCCAACAGUUUGAUGUGAUGGUAAUGCCUAAUCUCUAUGGUAACAUUAUCAGUAACAUUGGAUGCGGAUUGGUGGGUGGACCUGGCAUAGUACCAGGUCAGAACGUUGGAGAGGAUUAUGCCAUCUUUGAAACUGCAACCAGGAACACUGGAAAGACUAUUGCAGGUCAAAAUCUUGCCAACCCUACAGCUACAUUGCUGGCUGGAGCACUGCUCUUAGACCACCUCGGACUAGAUAGCCAUGCCAAGACCAUCAGGAGAGCCACUAUCAGGACUCUUACUGAAGAAAGGAUACACACUCCUGAUCUUGGAGGUCAAGCAUCUACCAGUGAUGUUGUACAGCACGUUAUCAGUCAGAUUGACAACACAAAAUAAACAACUCUUAAGACCACUACACACUAUAUAAUCUGACUGUGACCAGAUUUAGGAACAAAUUUUGCUUUAAAAAUGUAACAAUAAAAAAAUAUUUGAUAUUUGGUUCAGAGAGACCUCAGAAAUAUUAGCAUCAAAUCAGGGAUAAUCAUGAUUCCCUUUUCAGAGUAAAAUCAGAAAAACUUAAAAUUUUCAUUUAAGAUCACAGCUGAUUACAAUGAUUAAUUCAGUAAUGACUACAGUGUUCUACCAGCUAUGUGGAGGCUUACAGUAACCCUUCAAAUUCAUUAUUUAAUGAUUCACCAAGGAUUUAUAUCUUAGGAUGUAUGAUUUUUCAUGUUUGAAUGUUCAUAAUAAUUAUCAUAACAGUGUUUUCCAAAUUGGAUAUCAGACAGAUCAUGUAGUGUGGUGGGCUUUAUAUUAUUGAUAAUAUAAAUGAUUAUUUAUUAUAUUAAAGUUAUAUACUAAAUUCUGGUUGUGAAGUAGAAAAUUGAUGUGAAACAUGAGCAAUGCCUCAUGAGGAUUGGUUACAUGCUGAAUGUUUCAUAUUCUUUCAAUUUGAACCACUUUAAGCCUGGUCUGUAAGUACAGGAGAAUGAAAAGUAGUUUUUGGCACUGGUGCUAAGCAUUGUAGUUAUGUUGAAUAUAGUUCAAAACAUAUAGCUAUUUUGUGAAAUCUGUAAUACAGCUUAAACUUAAAAGGUUUGUCCUACUUUCAAAUACAUUUUCAGCAAGAUUUUGCAUGUCGUUUACAUCAUUUUGAAAUGUGUAAUGAAGUAUGUUUGGUUCUAAUGAUAUAUUAUUAGUGGACAACAUAAUGCACUUCCAAAGAUUUACCUUUAAGAUCACAAAAAGGAAAUCCAAUUUAUCCCAGAAACAGAAAUUAAAAAAUGUUUGCUAUUGCCAUUAUUGUGGUCUAGUGGCUCCAUUCAUUUGACUAUCAAUCAGACUGUAUGUAAUCAGAGGACUUAUGGCCUUUAUAGAUCCUCUACAUGGGGCAUAUUGAAUUCUAUUUACCUACUGAGCUAUCUGAAAUCCACUGUGAUUUUCUACCUUGGCUGGUUUGGUUGGAAAGAUAUUUCUUCAAUAUGGAUUCAAGAUAUGU